CUGAAAUUAAGUUCUUAGAGCGUCUAAAGGACACCACCGUCACUGAGGAGCAGCCCCUAGAGCUGACCUGCCAGGCCACCAACCCUCAUGGCAAGCCUGUCAAAUGGUUCAAGGAUGGAAUCCUUAUUGAUCCACUGAAGGACCCUAGGCUAAGGAUUAAAAAAGAAGCAGAUGGUGUGAACAAGCUGGUUAUUGAAUCUUCUCAAAUGGGAGAUGCUGGUGUCUAUGUCUGCCGUAUUGGAGACAGGGAGACCAAAGCUGAAGUCCUUGUGGAAGAGAAGGAGAGAGCUCCAGUGAUUGACCCCUCUGCUUUACCCAAAGAGAUUGUUGUCAAGGCUGGAGAGACCAUUGAUAUCAAAGUACCAUACACUGCUCACCCAGUCCCAGAGGCUAAAUGGGAGAAGGAUGGCAAGGGCCUCCACCGUGAGGGAGCAGACUUAAAACACCGCCCAGAUAACAUUGAGCUGACUAUCCCACAUGCCACCAGGGAUGACACAGGUGUAUACAAACUGACUUUGUCCAACAGCACUGGCAAGACUGAUAUACCCAUUAAAGUGAAAGUACUGGAUCGCCCAUCUCCACCUCAAGGCCCAGUAGACAUUUACAGUGUAUACAGAGACAGAUGCACAUUGAAAUGGAAGCCACCAAAGGAUGAUGGCGGCUCACCAAUCAAGCACUACAUCAUUGAGAAGAUGGACACAAGCCGUGGAACAUGGGCAGAGGUUGGCAAGAUUAAUGAUCUCAAGUAUGAGGUGACUGGUCUGACCCCUGGAAAGACCUAUGCCUUCCGUAUCCGUGCUGCCAAUGAUCAAGGUGUCAGUGAGCCUAUUGGCACAGAGCAUGAUAUUUUGGCCAAAGAUCCAUAUGAUGAGCCAGAUGCUCCCACAGAUCUUGAAGUGACAGAUUGGGAUGCAGACCAUGUUGAGUUGGAGUGGAAGGCACCCAAAAAUGAUGGUGGCUCCCCCAUUACAAACUACUUAGUGGAACAGAAGGAUAAGUUCAGUGACUGGAGAAGGGUGAAAGAUGUCUCUGCUAAAGACACCAAGGCCACAGUUGCUGGUUUGAAGGAAGGCACAGAAUACACUUUCCGUGUGAUGGCUGUCAACAAGGCUGGACCAUCUAAGCCCAGUGAGGCAUCCAGGCCUGUCAUUGCCAAACCCAGGAGAUUGCCACCAAGAAUUGACAGAACUGCCCUCAGUGAGAUCCGUAUCAAGGUUGGCCAGGCUUUCAUGUUCAAUGUUCCCUUCACUGGUGAACCUCCUCCGACUCCUGUCUGGACCAGACUCACUCAGGAUAAGAAGGAACAGGCGGACAUAGGUGACUUUACAGAGGAGCCACUAGAGGCAGGUGACAGGAUAAAGAUUGAGCAUCAGGAGAAGUCUACCCUGCUGGAGAUGAAAAACUGUGUCCGUGGGGACACUGGAGACUAUACUCUCACUGUAACCAAUGACUAUGGCAAAGACACUGCAACUGUAUCAGUGGUAGUUUUGGGUAAACCCCUGGCACCAGAGGGUCCACUUGAAGUAUCUGAUGUGUAUGCUGACCAGGUCACUCUGUCUUGGAAACCACCUAAAGAUGACGGAGGCACUGAGAUCACAGGCUAUCAAGUAGAGAAGAUGGACAUGAAGAGGGGAACUUGGGAGAAAGUGAGCAACUUUGUCAAGGGCACAGAGUGUGUGGUUCCCAAACUGGUGGAGGGACAUGAUUACAAGUUCAGAGUGAUGGCCGAGAAUCUCCAGGGACUGUCUGAACCUCUAGAAACUGACAAAGCCACCAAGGCCAAGAAUCCAUAUGAUGUGCCUGGUUCCCCAGGGAAACCAAAGGCCACAGACACCAAUCGUGACCAUAUCACCAUUGCUUGGGAUGAACCACGUUCAGAUGGUGGCGCUCCCAUCACUGGAUACAUCGUGGAGAGGAAGGAUCCUAAGUCGGACAGGUGGACCAAGGUCAACAGGGAACCAGUCAAGGAUUGUGAGUUCACUGAUGAUCGUGUCACAGCUGGAAGAGAAUAUGAAUACAGAGUAUCUGCUGUCAACAAGGGAGGCAGCUCUGAGCCCAGCCAGACUUCUGGACCCAUUGCAGCUAAGCCUAUGAACGAGGCUCCUAAGAUAAAGAAGGAUGGUCUUAACUUCCCAUCUGAGAUCCGUGUGCGUGCUGGAGAGCCUCUGGACAUCAAGGUGCCCAUCUCUGGUGCUCCAACACCUACUGUUACUUGGGACAAGAAUGGAAAAGGCAUUUUGCCUGAUAAUAGGACUUCAAUGGACAACAAUGAUGAGGAAGCCAAUUUCCACAUCCCUAUCUCCAAGAGAGAAGACACUGGCAAAUAUACCAUCACAGCCACCAAUAAGAAUGGCACUGAUUCUGGAGAUAUCAAUGUUAUUGUGCUAGAUCGCCCUGGUGCCCCAGAAGGCCCGCUAGAUGUCUCUGAUGUGUUUGCCACCUCAUGCACUCUGAAAUGGAAACCACCUGAGGAUGAUGGUGGAGCUCCAAUCACAGGUUACAUUGUGGAGCAGAUGGAGGAAGGCACUGGCUUGUGGGAGAAGGUGCCUGGUAUAGUACAGGGCACCAGUAUGCCAGUGAAGGGCUUGACUGAGGGCAAGUCGUACAAGUUUAGAGUCAAGGCAGAGAACCCAUAUGGUGUCAGUGAGCCCCUUGAAACUACCAAAUCUAUUGUUGCUAAAAAUCCAUUUGAUCGUCCAGAUGCUCCCACUGGUUUGGAGAUUGGAGACUAUGACAGAUUCUCUGUCAAUCUCCACUGGAAAGAACCCAGGAGUGAUGGCGGGAACCCCAUUAAGGGAUAUAUCAUUGAGAAGAAGAGGAGAGGAGGAGAAUGGGAGAAGGCUAAUGCCACCCCAGUACCUAAGAAGGAGUACACUGUGAUGAACCUGACACCUGGCCAGGAGUACCAGUUCCGUGUCUGUGCUGUCAAUGAUGGCGGGCCUGGAGAAUUCUGCAAGCCAACAGAAUGGCAUCUAGCUAGAGAUAUGAUUUUUGCUCCCGACUCUCCUGGAGCUCUCAAUGUAGACAAGAUCACCCCAGACCAUGUGGAUCUCUCCUGGACCAAGCCAAGAAAUGAUGGUGGAGCGAAGAUCACUGGCUAUGUCAUUGAAAUGAAAGAACCUGGCAAAGACAAGUGGGUGCCAGCUGCCAAAGUACCUGCAGAUAAAACCAAUGGGACUGUGGGCAAUUUGACACCAGGUGGGGAAUAUCAGUUCCGAGUCCGUGCUGAGAAUGAGGCUGGUGUGGGUGAACCAUCAAAGCCAACGUCUGUUAUCAAGGCUGAACACCAACCAGAAAAGCCUACCAUAGACAUGAGUGGUAUCAAGGAUGUGACAGUGAAAGCUGGACAACCAUUCAAGCUGGACUUCCCCUUCACUGGCUUCCCCAAACCUGUGGCCACUUGGGUGCACAAUGAUCAGGAAGUUGAUCAAGACGACAGCAGAGUAUACGCCAAGGUGUCUGAUACUGAUGCAGUAUUUGAGAUCGGCAAAGCCAAACGUGAAGACACAGGAUUGUACAAGUGUACCUUGAAGAAUCCAUCUGGCUCAGACACUGGCAGUGUCAGAGUGAUUGUACUAGAUACACCAGGCAAACCAGAGGGACCACUGACAGGAAGUAACAUCCAGGCAGACUCCUUGGACCUUAACUGGAAGCCCCCACUGGAUGAUGGUGGCAAACCUAUCACAAACUAUGUCAUUGAAAAGCGUCCAGUUGGGUCGGACAAAUGGACCAAGGUGGCUAGCUCUGUCCCAAAUUCAGCCACUAGCUGGCCAGUUAAGAACUUGGAAACUGGUGUGCCCUAUGAGUUCCGUGUAAUGGCAGAAAAUGAAAUGGGUCUCAGUGAGCCACUCUUGACAGAUGAAGGUGGAAUUACGCCAAAGUUCCCAUUCAAUCGCCCAGAUGCCCCAGGUACCCCCAAAUGUACUGGUACUACUGAGGACUCCAUCUCUCUGUCCUGGUCUCCACCUAGAAAUGAUGGUGGCAACCCUGUCAAAGGAUAUUUUGUAGAAAGAAAGGAGCCUGAUAGUGACAAAUGGGUGAAGUGCAACAUAAACGAAUCUCCCGACACCUCCAUGACAGUGCGUGGUCUGACCAAUGGAAAGAAGUAUGAGUUCAGAGUUUGUGCUGUUAACAAGGCAGGUCCAUCACCCUGGACUGAGACAGCAGAGGCUAUUGAGGCUAGACCACCACCUGUGGCCCCCAAGAUUGACCUGAACAGCAUGGCCAAAGACGUGAAAGCUAAGCUUGGAGAGCCCUACAAAAUAGUCAUUCCAUUUACUGGUGGCUCUCCUAUUCCAACCCCAACUGUCACUGCGGGUGGCAAUAAGAUAAUCCCAGGGGAUAGAUGGAACUUUGUGAAGGAGCCAGAUAGAAUUAUCCUGGAAUGUAAAGAGGCAGAGAAGAUUGAUAAUGCUAGAUUCAACAUUACUCUCACUAAUGAAAUGGGCAGCGACACUGCUUCAUGCAAUGUUACAGUUGUCUCUCCACCUGGUGCACCAGAAGGUCCACUAGAGGUCUCUGAUAUCACCCCUGAGACAUGUGUUCUCAAGUGGAAUCCUCCCAAAGAUGAUGGCGGCAGUCCCAUCACAAACUACAUCGUGGAGAAGAAGGACUCCAAGUCUCCUGAUUGGAAGAAAGUCAGCAAGUUUGUCCGUGGCACAGAACACGAGGUCAUGGGCCUGGAGGAGGGGCAUGAGUACAUGUUCCGAGUCAGUGCAGAGAACGAAUAUGGAGUUAGCGUUCCUCUAGAAACAACCAAGCCUAUAAUUGCUCAACAUCAAUACACUGUCCCAGAUGCCCCAGGUCGUCCCAAAGUGGAUGAUGUGGAUGCAGACCGUGUGACACUCAGCUGGACUCGCCCACGUGAUGAUGGUGGUGACAAAAUCCAGGGCUACAUUAUUGAGGCCAAGGAAAAAGGUGGCAAGUGGAAACCUGUCACUGACUACCCUGUCAAGGAUCUUACACACACUGUGACUGGUCUGCCUAAAGACAAAGAGUUUGACUUUAGAGUGAAAGCCAAGAACAAGGCUGGUCUCAGCGAGCCUAGUGAUACCUCUGGUUUUGUUACCACCAAACCUAAGUGCCAGAAACCAGGUGCUCCUGGUGCCCCCAAGGUAGAAGAUGUAGGCAGAACCUUUGUGGAACUUUCCUGGGAAAAACCAAAGCAUGAUGGAGGAGCUAAGAUUAAGGGCUACACUGUAUAUAAGAGAGCUUACCCUGAGGGUGACUGGGAGAAGGUGAAUGACUACCCAUGUGUAGAUACCAGAUACACUGUGCCUGACUUGCCUGAGAACUCAGAAUAUGAAUUUAGGGUGGCAGCUGUCAACCAAGCUGGUGAGGGAGAACCCAGUGUGCCCACUGAACCUACCAAGGUCAAGGAGAAAGUUGUUGGUAUAAAGCCAGAGUUUGUAAAGAAAAUCAGCAAGGUGGAAGCACCUGUGGGAGGAGAAGCCAAGUUUGUGGCUGAGAUAGUUGGCAAACCAGCUGUAGAAGUGCAAUGGUUCAGAAAUGGCAUUCCCAUCCGCCCUGGUGCUAAGAACCGUGUUGCUGAGGAUGAUGAUGGUAACAUCUCUCUCACCAUCACAGAUGUAGAACCUAGCGAUGCAGGAGAGAUAACCUGUACUCUAAGUAACAAACUGGGCAAAGACACCUGCUCUGCUCCUCUGGAAGUAAUUGCCCCACCCAAGUGUGACAAAAUGCCUGGUGACCAGAGUGUUGACAAGGGUGACACACUGAAGCUGAAGAUCCCCAUCUCAGGCAAAGGUCCUUUUGAUGUGAAACUGAAGAAGGGCAAUCAGCCUCUGACUGAGGGUGACAGACUGAAGAUCACACCAUUUGAUGACUACAUUGUUGUACAACUCAAAGAUGUAGACACUGAUGACACUGGUCCAUACAAGCUGGAUAUCUCUAAUGCCAGUGGAACUUGCACUGUGCCAUUUAAUCUGAAGGUGAAAGCAACACCUGGUAAACCAACUGCACCCCUUAAUGUCUCAGACAUCACCAAGAAUGCCUGCCACUUGUCCUGGAAACCCCCCAAAGAUGAUGGUGGCAGCAGAGUGACCCACUAUGUGGUAGAAAGGAAAGAUAUCUCCAAACCUUACUGGACCACUGUGGGUUCCUUUGUCAAGGGAACUGAAUUUGAUGUACAAGGUCUGAUUGAGAAUAACCAGUAUUUGUUCCGCGUUGCUGCAGCUAAUGAGAAUGGUACUGGUGAAUUCCUGGAGGCACCAAACCCCAUCACAGCCAAGAUGCCAUUUGAUCCCCCAGAUGCACCUGGUGUCCCUGAAGUUACAGAAGUGGGUGGUGACUUCGUCAGCCUGUCUUGGGACAAACCAGCUUCUGACGGAGGCGGUAAAAUCCUGGGCUACUUCAUUGACAAGCGUGAGGCAGGUGGAGAUGCAUGGUUGAGAGCCAAUCCAACCAAUCCAUGCAUCACCAACAUUUGGAACGUCCCCAAUCUGAUUGAGGAUCGCGAGUACGAGUUCCGUGUCACUGCUGUCAAUGAAGCUGGCGAAAGUAAGCCGUCCAUGGCCUCUAGGAAGGUCAAGGUGAAGGAUCCUUUAGCUGCUGUAAUCCCAGAAUUCACGUCACCUUUGAGAACAGUCCAAGCCACUGAGGGCAAAACGGCAGAGUUUCAGUGUACUAUCACUGGCUCACCUAAGCCUGAGGUGACAUGGUUCAAGGGUACCCGUGAACUUUUCGACAGUCCCAAAUAUGAAAUUUACAAUGAUGGUGAUACCUACUACUUGGCCGUGAAGGAUGUGUUUGGUGAGGAUGCUGAUGAGUAUACUGUUAAAGCAACCAACAGAGGAGGCUCCAGACAGAGCAGGGCAGAUCUCUUGAUUAAAUCUGCACCAAGGAUUAAAGUCCCUCCAAGAUUCCAGCAGCCAUCAGCAUUUGAGAAAGGAGAGACUAUUGUCAUCAAACUGCCCUUCACUGGCUUCCCAAGACCCACAGACAAGUGGUCAAAGGACACAGAAGAGAUUAAGGGUGGAAAGAACUAUGAGAUUGAACUUAAGGAGAGACAUGCUAUCUUGACCAUUAAGAAUCCACAGAAGGAGCAUGCUGGACCUUACAGGUUAACCUUGGAGAAUGACCUUGGCCAGGAUACCAAGGUGGUUGAGAUUCAGAUUAAUGAUGCUCCUGAUGCUCCCAGAUUUGCUAAAGUAGACAGCCAGACAGACAAGAGUGUGUUGCUAUCAUGGCAGGCUCCACUCAACAAUGGUGGCAGUAUUAUCAGCCAGUACAUUAUUGAAAAGCGAGAGUUGCCGAGUGAGUCUUGGACACGAUGUGGUACAUGCAGGUUCAACACGUAUACAGUAGAGAACUUGAGCCCAGACAAAGAAUACCAGUUCCGUGUGAUUGCUGAGAACUUCUAUGGACGUAGUCCACCUAGUGAGCCUACAGAGAAGGCUGCCAUUGAAAAGGUGAAGAAACUCAGCCCAGAAGAUGAAUUCUUCAAGAAGAAGAGAGGCCAUUAUGAUGGUCCACCAAUUGACAACUAUGAUAAGUUCUACACUGAUAUCUGGGCCAAGCAUAUCCCCAAACCAGUAGACAUCAAGACCGGCAGUGUGUAUGACUACUAUGAUAUCCUUGAGGAGCUGGGCAGUGGAGCUUUUGGUGUUGUCCAUCGUUGCCGAGAGAAGGCCACAGGAAACACAUUUGUGGCCAAAUUCAUCCACACCCCAUAUCCACUGGACAAACAGGUUGUCAGAAAUGAGAUAGCCAUCAUGAAUAACCUCCAGCAUCCCAAGUUAAUCAACCUUCAUGAUGCUUUUGAGGACCAGAAGGAAAUGGUGCUGAUCAUGGAGUUCCUUGCUGGUGGUGAGCUGUUUGACAGAGUAGCUGCUGAAGACUACAAGAUGUCUGAAGCAGAAGUGAUCAACUACAUGAGACAAGUGCUAACAGGAGUCAAACACAUGCAUGAGAAGAACAUUGUGCAUCUAGAUAUCAAGCCAGAGAAUGUGAUGUGUGCCACCAAAAAGAGCACUGAUGUCAAAUUGAUUGACUUUGGCCUGGCUACUAAACUCAAUCCACAAGAGGUUGUCAAGGUUACCACAGCAACUGCAGAGUUUGCUGCCCCUGAAAUUGCAGAGAGAGAACCCGUGGGCUUUUAUACUGACAUGUGGUCUGUGGGUGUGCUAGCAUAUGUAUUGUUGAGUGGUCUGUCACCAUUUGCUGGUGAUGAUGAUCUCGAGACACUACAGAAUGUGGCUAAAUGUGACUGGGAAUUUGAUGAGGAUGCCUUCAAGACUGUCUCAGCUGAAGGAAAAGAUUUCAUCAAGAAGCUGCUCCUCAGAAACCCAACGCAUCGUAUGACUGUCCAUGAGGCUUUGGACCAUCCAUGGAUUAAUGGUGACCAUUCUGAUCUCACACACAGAAUAUCAAGUACACGUUAUGAUGCCUUCAGGAAGAAACUCCAUGCUAAAUAUGGUGACUGGCCAGCGCCUAGGCCUGCUAUUGGACGUAUUGCUAACUUCAGUUCUGUGAUGAAAAACAGAGGUAAACAGUACCAGAUCUAUGAGACAUCUUUUGAUCGUCGUGAGGCUGCUCCACGCUUUAUCCGCAAGCCUAGAGACCAGCUAGCAAUUGAAGGCCAGUCAGCACAGUUUGACUGUAAUGUCAUCGCUGCUU